AUGACGACAAAAGCCGUUCCCCCAAAGAGAGGAUUCGAUGAGCAUAUGAUCGAAAGAUUUUAUCUCAUCAGUGACCUACCAACGAUGUCCUUAGACGCAACUAACACGUCAUCAUUACAAAAUACAACUUCAGAUGUAAGUCUGAAAGAUUCUCCAUCAGAAUCAUCGAGUAGUUCACCAAACCCGAUGAGUGGAAGUCGAGAUCAUGAUUUGUGUAUAUUCGGAAGUAAUUCGAGAUUAAACCGUUCGGCUACAGUGAGGAGAGUUAGUGCUCCAAAGAAAAUUGAAAAUACAAGCGCUGAUGAUUUUAUGGUGGUUCAUCAAACGAAUAUUGAAAAAUAUCGUAGAUCGCUCGAUAGUACUUAUAGACAUAGUUUGGAAUCGAUUUCUGAAUAUAAAACGAAAAAUAAUUUUUCUUUAUAUCCCAAUCGAAAUGCUUGCUCUAUGGAUUCGGCUUCUUCCGAUUGCACGGAUUAUGGAAGAAGACAUUCGUCGGAUACUUUUAAAGAUUGCGGUGAUAAAAAUUUCGUUAGUCCUAGUACGAGUUAUUUAAGUUGGAUUGAAAGUGUAAGCAGUGAAUUUUUUGGUACCGCUUCUUCUAAUACUGAUAUAGUUGAUGUUGAUAAUAAAGUAGGCGAGUGGAAUAAUUUUUGGUUAAAUUAUAAUAAUCCCCAUAAUAGAUAUGUUUCCACUCAUUAUAAAGGUUCAGUUGAUGAUCGAACCGCUGAUGACGUUUCUGAUUGUAAAAGUACGUGUAGUACGCAUAAAGAUUAUGAUAAAAUCUCAACCGAACAUAUAGUAUUGACAUACGAUGAAGUUAUGGACAUAAUGCAUUAUUCACAAAAAAUCACCGAAACUUUACAAAAAGCUAUAAGAAGAAAUGAUGAAAUAGAACAUUCAAGAAAUGAUUCUUAUUAUUCACAACAAACGAGUUCUUAUUGCGAAGAAAUCCCAAGGGAUAGAGGAUUUAGUUACACGGAACCGGAAGUACAAAAACAAAAGCAGUUAUUGAAGCCCCCAUCUACGCAACCGGGUAGCUGCAUAAACGCCCUGCUUACAACAGGAGUUGCAGAUAUAUUGAAACGGGUCAUGAAUAAACGUAAAGAUGUGUUAUCAACCGAAGAUGGCGCCCCAACAUCUGGAAGAGCAAGUUUUAGUUCAAAAUAAUUUAAAUUAUUUAUAAUAAAUA